AUGUCAAAUAGCUCACCAUCUGAGUUUAGACGACUACCUAUCUCUCAACAAGACAUUGAUCUUAAUAAAGAACCUCGAGAAAUAAAUGAAUUAGUUAAUGAACUUAAAUUAAAUUUUGGUGAU